AUUGGAAUCUCUCGACACGGCGACGAUGGAAGACGGCAGAGACGUGCCGCCGUGGACGACCAUCAUGGACGACUUGCCGUUCCUCAUAGCAAACGACGACGGAUUGACCGAACAACUCACGCGGGUGUGUGACUUACUGGACGAUUUUCCCGACGAUGACUUGAUGGACUUCGAUGUCGCAAGUCCAAGGAGCAGUGAACUAUCCUCGUCAGAACUGGACGUGCAGUCGACUCUUCCUCCGCCUUCGUCCAAGAAAUCAAAGCGCACGUCGUUCGAGGUACGUCAAAAGCACGAGCUGCAGCGCCUUCGCGAUGAAGUACGAGAGUUGAAGACCAAGCUGUUGCAUUGCGAAUCGAACAAGAGGGAUGGGAGCAAUGAUUCGUUCUGGAAGCAAGCGGCGAGCAUUGCACGCGCCGAGAAGAUCAAGGCACUUCAUGAAAACGAAGCGCUUCAUGAUGCCGUAACUCAACAGGCCACAUUCAUCGAGCAGAUGCAGCGUGUAUUUCGGAAGAAGCCACGUCUCGACACAUUUCGAGAUAUCGAGUCAGAAUCGUGGCAAUCGUACACGUUAUCAGCUCACGCGUCGUUGCGAACCGCGGCUAUCCAUGCCAUAGCUGACCGCCAACGCAGUCGAAUGCAUCACACGUUCCUUCGCGCCGGUGUUUUGGACCGUGUCGACGACCUGUACCGAGCGACUUUCCAGCCUCAGUCGAACGGAUCCAUCAUGUUUGAGUUGGUCAACCAUGUGACUCUAGCGGCAUCGUACCAGUCGAUUGGGGCGGCACUGUGGCAGACCAUGGGCAAUCGACACACGACUUUCCAGCUGAAUGGAGUCGAAGAGACUCUGGAAGAAAUCGACGCGUGCACAGUGUAUGGCCACGUCACAUCGUUGUCGGCGGACGGAUCGGUGGUGUGGCACUCGAACCUCAUUCGAAAGUACUAUCCCCAGCCAGGCAAGUUUCAGUUCGUCGGGCGAUCUGUCUUGGACGACGCGCUGUCUCCAACUGCGCCUGGGGACAUGGUGGACAGCAAAGCCGCGUGGUACACGCGAUUGAAAUGCCCAAGAUGGAAACAUCGACGAUCGUUCGUAGGGUUCAAAUUGUGCCUCUCGGGGACACGUCGUGCCGCCUCACCUUUGUCGUCCAAGUCGAUUUGGGCCAGUCGUUUCACACUUCUGACAUUGACGAUAUCGAGCUGGCAGCCAUGAUGAAGAAGCUGACCAUCUUUCCUGACGCUGGGAAGACUCCGCCCAUAUUUCCAUGCUUGCCGUCCUACGUGACCGACUACGAUGGCUCCGAAGUCACCUCUGUCGCCUUGCGCAACAUUAUCGAAACGGGCAAGAGCGUCCAACGCGCUCUUAGCGGCACGAUUGCUGGCAUCAUCGAAGCGGAGCAAAGAUGCAGCCCCCACGACACUGCGCACCAAGCGUUCAAAGUCGUGAUGUAGUCGUGGCAUUUCGAAAUGCUCGAGGCGCCGAUUCGUUUUGUAUUAUACUGUAAAAAUUCAAGAACUAUUGGCAUAUUUUUGGCGAAA